AUGGAGUUGACACAGGCCCCCAACCCCAACAGCUGGCAUGCCAAACUGGUCGUCAAGCUCGGCAAGAAAAUCAGGUCCGAUAAACAUUACAGUGAAGCAAAGGUGCAGGAGAAGCGCCGGAAGGAGACUGCCAAACUCCAGAAGAAGAAUCGCCGCCCGGCCACCACAGCAGCUCCGGAAGUCAAUGAACUUGGAGAAAGGCAGUAUUCAGUCUUCACCGACAGCGCAACCUUGGCAUCGUUGAGGAGGAAACGUGAUGAUGGCGAUAUGCUGCAUCGCUUGGCUCACCACGACUCCUUCGAUUCCCUGCUCGAUAGGCCGCACAUGCUGGAACAACUUCGGGACCCAUACUUUGACUCGACAACACAAAAACGGAUUGUACGGCCGCGCUCGGAUGUCCACGAAAGGCGAGUCGAGGCUGUGCCGGAUGAGCUCUGGAAGCGGAUUGCAUCCUUUGCCAGCCCGACGGAAGCGGCCAACCUCACUCUAUCCACGAAGACACUGUACAGAAAACUUGGCUUCGCACCCUUAGAUGCCCUCAAUCUACCAGCGAAUAAGCACUACAAGAAUGCUUUCCUAUACCAGUUCGAUAAUCUGUACCCAGGCCACCUUUUAUGCUUCCAAUGCUGCAAGUAUCACAAACGCAUAAACCCCGGACAAGAACAACUCAAAAUUGAGUUCGUUAAGUUUCCUGUCUUCAACUGUCCAAAAGUCAAGAGCUCAGUCCUACCUCGAAUGCGAAUAGCUCAUGGCCGCGAGCUACCUUACUCUUUCAUACAACUAGCGACCCGCCACGCACGAUAUCACUGGAGCUACGGCGUCAGUCACGACACUCUGUCCCGACGCUGGAAGUGCAAGGAUAGCACAUGGACCCACCGGACGCGGUACAUGAUUCACGAUGGACGUUUACUGAUGCGCGUUGUGUCGCAAGCGUAUGCACCGCCAGCUAGGAAUUUGACGGAAACCGCAGAACGCCACAUUCUCUAUGACCGAGAAGAAUACACACCCUUCUUCUCAGUUUGCGCACACUGGAAAGAUGGAGAUCUUAUGAAGAUCUGUAAAUGCAUGAUGUCGCAUGUUCCCGCGCCACCCCAGUCGUAUCGAAAGCAAAUGGACGAGCGCGGUCUACACUUAUCCAAAGCCCUAGCGAACCCCGAAUUCAUCGUCCGCGGCUGCGACGAAUGUCGACCUGCACGACGAUGUCCAGAAUGUCCAACGGAAUAUCUGGUCGAGAUUCGCAUGAUCGAAGACACGAAAGAUGUGGCGUGCCCAUUCAAGCAUAAUAUCGUAGUCACUAGAUGGAGCGAUCUUGGUGAUGGAAGUAGUCCGUUCACGAGUCCGGAGUAUACUGCUAUCAAUGGCAUUGAUGUGGGGCAUGAGGGUACUGGGAAGUUUGAUAGUUUCAGCAACAUCGGGAGGCGGGCUGUGGGAGGGAUCUUUGAGAGUAAUGUUAGUGGUGCUAUACCGGGACGAAGAUUGGUUAGUCUCAAUCCGAAGAAUAAGAGGUUGGGCGAGGAGGGGCAUGGAUGGUAUUGA